AUGCAAGGAAAGAACGACGUCACAAUCGCCGCUAACAAGUUUGUCACCCAAAACGCUGGCAAGCUUAGAGAUCACUAUAGAAUUGGCAAGAUGCUUGGAAGCGGUGCUUUCGGAGAAGUGAGGAUGUGUGUUCACAGAGAAACUGGUGCACAAAGAGCAGUUAAGGUAUUGAGAAAGAGCCACAUGGAUGAAGAUGAGAAGAAAAUGCUCUUCAACGAAAUCAACAUAUUGCGUGAGUUGGAUCACCCAAAUAUCGUGAAGAUGUAUGAGUUCUUCGAGGAUGAGAAGAGAUAUUACAUUGUCACCGAAAUCUGCAAAGGUGGAGAAUUGUUCGACGAAAUCAUUGCAAGAGGCAAAUUCACAGAGAAAGAUGCAGCUAUUCUUAUGAAAUAAGUUCUCUCUUGUGUCAACUAUUGCCACAAAAACAACAUUGUCCAUAGAGAUCUUAAGCCAGAGAACAUUCUUUUAGAGCAAAACAAAGACUUCGAUCAAAUCAAAAUUAUUGAUUUCGGUACCUCUCUUGUCUAUGAUAGCGCAAAGUCUCUCGAUGAGAAACUAGGAACCCCCUAUUACAUCGCCCCAGAAGUCCUCAACAAGAAGUACAACGAGAAGUGCGAUAUCUGGUCCUGCGGAGUCAUCACCUACAUCAUUCUCUCAGGUAUGCCACCCUUUAACGGACAAAGCGACCAAGAGAUCAUGAAGAAAGUCAGAAUUGGAAAGUUCUCCUUCUCUGAUACAUGCUGGUCAAACAUCUCUGAUAAGGGAAAAGAUUUCAUCACAAAACUACUUACCUAUGAUGUCGAUCAAAGACCAUCAGCUGAAGUUGCUCUUCAACAUCCAUGGAUUAUUGAUUUCAGCCAGUAAACAGUCGAUACUUCAAUGGCUUUCGGAGCUCUCUCCAACUUGAAGACUUUCAGAGCAGACCAAAAAUUGAAGCAAGCUACCUUCGCAUUCAUCGCAUCACAGCUAUUAACAAAAUCAGAAAAAGAAAACCUCGCUAAGAUUUUCAAAGCUAUUGACAAGAAUGGUGAUGGUAAACUAUCAAUGGAUGAAAUUCUUGAAGGAUAUGAUCAAUUCUUCGGGAAGAACAUGGAUCCCGCUGAUAUUGAAAAGAUGUUUAAAUCAGUUGAUAUUGACGGAAGUGGUUUCAUUGACUAUUCAGAGUUUGUUGUUGCUGCUAUGAAUGAGAAGAAUUUAUUGACAAAUGAAAAGCUCCAAUCUGCAUUCAAAAUGUUCGAUAAAGAUAAUAGUGGAUUCAUCUCAUCUGAUGAAAUUAAAGAAAUCCUAGGCUUUGGAAAGACUCUCAGUGAAGAAGCUGUCAAUGAAAUCAUCAUGCAAGUUGAUGCCAAUGGUGAUGGGGAAAUUUCAUUCGAAGAGUUUUCAGCAAUGAUGAAGAGAUUAUCUUCUUGA